UUUAGGACGCGACGCCGGAAGGCUUUGCGCGUGCGUGGUGGUGGUAGCGUGAAGUCGAAGCCUCUUUUCAAUCUAAGGCCCGUCCCGGGUUCAGGAGCGGCAGGCGAUUGACGAUCCAGAGCCGCCGCCGCCAUGUCACGUUUCUUCACCACUGGCUCGGACAGCGAGUCGGAAUCGUCACUCUCUGGGGAUGAGCUGGUAGCCAAGCCUGCUGGAGGCAACUUUGGGAAACAGCCUCUGCUGUUGAGUGAAGAUGAGGAAGAUACCAAGAGAAUUGUGCGCAGUGCAAAGGACAAGAGAUUUGAGGAGCUGACCAACUUGAUCAAAACGAUCCGGAAUGCCAUGAAGAUCCGGGAUGUCACCAAAUGCCUGGAGGAAUUUGAAUUGCUGGGCAAGGCUUACGGGAAAGCCAAGAGUAUCGUCGACAAGGAAGGAGUCCCCCGCUUCUAUAUCCGCAUCCUGGCGGACCUGGAGGAUUACCUCAAUGAGCUAUGGGAGGACAAGGAAGGCAAGAAAAAGAUGAACAAGAACAACGCCAAAGCACUGAGCACCCUCCGCCAGAAGAUCCGGAAGUACAACCGUGAUUACGAGGCCCAGAUCACGGGCUACCGCCAGAACCCUGAGCAGUCGGCUGAUGAAGAUGACGACAAGAAAAGCGAUGAUUCGGAGGGUUCCUCCUCUUCGGGUGACGAUGAUGACGAGGGGAUGAGUGCGGCAGCCUUCCUGAAGAAGAAAGAGGGGGCAGCCGAGGGACGUGGCAAAUACCUCAAAAAGAUAGAGGAUGAAGAUGAGGAUGAGGAAGAUUCAGAUGAUGAUGAAGACUGGGGUUCGUCGGAUUCAGAAUCCGACUCGGAGUCAGAUGAAGAUGAGAGCAAAUACCCCUCUUUGGCCUCAAAGUUUCUUAAGAAAGCUGGCACCGAGGAGGAUAAAAGGAUGAUGGAGAAGAAGCGGGAAGAGAAGGCAAAGAAAAAGCAGGACCGCAAACACCGGAGAGAGGAAGACGAGGAGGAUGACAACGAGGGGAGCGAUUGGGUGAAGGUCAAGGGGGGAGUCCAGCUGGUCAAGGAAAAGCCCAAGAUGUUUGCCAAAGGCACAGAGAUCAACCACGUGGUAGUCGUGAAGAAACUCAAUGAGAUCCUGCAGGCCCGUGGAAAGAAAGGCACUGAUCGGGCAGCCCAGAUCGAUCUUCUGCAGCUUCUGGUUGGAAUCUCUGCGGAGAACAACCUGGGCAUUGCUAUUGACGUCAAAAUCAAGUUCAACAUCGUUGCGUCUUUGUACGACUACAACCCCAAUCUGGCUACGUACAUGAAGCCGGAGAUGUGGCAGAAAUGCCUCUCCUCCAUCGAUGAGCUUCUGGACAUCCUCUUUGCACAACCCAACAUCUUCAUUGGUGAGAACAUUGCGGAGGACUCUGAAAACCUGGCGAACAAUGAACAGCCCUUCCGUGUCCGUGGCUGCAUUCUGACCCUGGUGGAGCGGAUGGACGAGGAGUUCACCAAGAUCAUGCAGAACACGGACCCCCACUCCCAAGAAUAUGUGGACCACCUGAAGGAUGAGGGCCGAGUCUGCAAGAUCAUAGACCGGGUGCAGACCUACCUGCAGGACAAGGGUACCAUGGAUGAAAUCUGCCGCAUCUACCUGCGCUGCAUCCUCCACACCUACUACAAGUUUGACUACAAGGCUCACCAGCGGCAGCAGGGCCCAGCAGGAGACAGCAAGUCGGAACAAGACCAGGCCGAGAAUGAAGCUGAGGACUCGGCGGUGCUGAUGGAACGCCUCUGCAAGUUCAUCUACGCCAAGGACCGGACGGACCGGAUCCGUACCUGUGCCAUCCUCUGCCACAUUUACCACCACGCCUUGCACGACCGCUGGUACCAGGCCCGUGACCUGAUGCUUAUGAGCCACCUGCAGGACAACAUUCAGCACGCAGAUCCACCCGUGCAGAUCCUUUACAACCGGACGAUGGUGCAGCUGGGCAUCUGCGCCUUCCGCCAGGGCAUGAUCAAGGACGCCCACAACGCGCUGCUGGACAUCCAGUCGAGCGGCCGAGCCAAGGAGCUGCUGGGCCAGGGCCUGCUGAUGCGCAGCAUGCAGGAGCGCAACCAGGAGCAGGAGAAGAUCGAGAAGCGCCGGCAGGUCCCCUUCCACAUGCACAUCAACCUGGAGCUCCUGGAGUGCGUCUACCUGGUUUCGGCCAUGCUGCUCGAGAUCCCCUACAUGGCCGCCCACGAAUUCGACGCCCGCCGGCGCAUGAUCAGCAAGCAGUUCCACCACCAGCUGCGGGUGGGCGAGCGCCAGCCUCUCCUGGGCCCCCCGGAAUCUAUGAGGGAGCACGUGGUAGCAGCGUCCAAGGCCAUGAAGAUGGGUGACUGGAAGACGUGCCACCGUUUCAUCGUCAAUGAGAAAAUGAACGGGAAGGUCUGGGACCUGUUCCCUGAGGCCGACAAAGUGCGCGGCAUGCUCGUCCGGAAGAUCCAAGAGGAGUCUCUCCGGACCUAUCUCUUCACCUACAGCAGCGUCUAUGACUCCAUCAGCAUGGAGAUCCUGUCCGACAUGUUUGAGCUGGACCUCCCUACGGUGCACAGCAUCAUUAGCAAGAUGAUCAUCAACGAAGAGCUCAUGGCCUCCCUGGACCAGCCGACCCAGACGGUCGUGAUGCAUCGGACAGAACCCACCUCCCAACAGAACCUGGCGCUGCAGCUGGCGGAGAAGCUGGGCAGCCUCGUGGAGAACAACGAGAGGGUCUUCGACCAGAAGCAAGGCAACUAUGGGGGCUACUUCCGGGACCAGAAAGACGGCUACCGUAAGAACGAAGGGGGCUACAUGCGGCGUGGGGGCUAUCGGCAGCAGGAGCGGCAAAGCAACUACUGAUCCUCGAGCUGCCGGCGUGGAGCUUUCUCGUAGGGAGAAAUUCUAUUCCAAUUCUCACGUUUUGAACACCCCAAAUAAAGAAUUUGUUUGAAAA